UUGAGUCUCAUGUUUGAGCCACUGCGUGCUGACAGCAGGACAAAUCUGUUGCCCUGAAUCAUGAACUCAUGUACUGCUCUGUUAGUUAAUGCUGUGAUAUAGUGACUGAAGUAAGAAAGCCGGACGUGAACAGAUAUCAAAAGACAUGUCUGCUGUGAGGAAGACACCCAAAUGCCAAUCAACUGAUGAAGAACUACAGGAGCGAGCUGAUGUCAUCACAUGCCGACUCAAACAGGGGCUGGAUCUGAACGUGUCCUUUAAGAACGUUCUGGAUGUCAGUUCUGGUGACACUCACAAAGCUGGAAUGAAGCCAGUCACCUUUGUUAGACAGGUGAUAGCCGCAUGUUUGUACCCCAGCCUUCUGGAAAGUGACAUUCUUCCACCAGAUGUUCGUCUGAGAGCACAGAUUUUGCUGGAACAGUGUGACGGAGAGAGCAUCGGUUCAUACACAGAAUCGUGUGGACUGACGUACGUGAGAAACACCGUGGCAAAGUCCAUUUCUCUGCGGGACGGGGGAGUCCCUUCCAGUCCAGAACAAAUCUUCAUCACUUCUGGAGCCCACAGAGGUCUAAUGGUGAUGAUGAGAAUGCUGUGUCAAUCAGAGGGCGGGACCGCGGUUCUGAUCCCAGUCCCCGCCCCUCACAGCCUGCCAUGCCUCCUGGAAAGGGUGGGAUUAAUUCCGUUGCCCUAUCAGCUGAAGGAGCAGGGUGGGUGGAGCCUAGAGAGGGCGGAGCUACAACGAGUCAUCCAGACUUCCAGAGGGCACUGCUGUCCACGAGCGAUUUAUAUCAGUAACCCCGGCAACCUUACAGGACAUGUCCAGAGCAGAGAAUCCAUCCAGGACGUGAUCCGCUUUGCUGCAGAGGAGGAACUUUUUUUGCUGGUAGACGAGGUUUAUCAAGACACAGUUUUUGCAGAAGACACGGCGUUUGUGUCCUAUAAGAGAGUUCUCGUUGAGAUGGGCUCAUUUUAUUCGGAUAAAGUGCAACUGGCUUCCUUCCAUUCACUGUCCAACGGCAUCAUGGGAGAGUGUGGUUUAAAGGCGGGUUAUAUGGAGCUGGUAAGCGUUGAUGAAGCUAUACUAUUAUACACUGAGGUUCUCCUAACGGGAGACAUAUGCGCUCCUGUGAUUGGCCAAAUCGCUGUUGAUGUCAUGGCUGAUCCGCGCCCAGGAGACCCCUCCUACAGUUUAUACACACAGGAGGUAACGUCUAGGCUGAACACACUGCAGUGUAACAUGUCCAGAGCUGUAAAGUUCAUUAAUGAUCUACCAGGAUUCAUCUGCACAUCAGUUCAGAGCGGAAUCUUCAUCUGUCCUCACCUUAGUCUUCCUCACUCAGCUGUGACACACUCACAGUCUCAGGGGUUUCAGGCAGGUGUGUGGUACAGUAGGAGGUUGUUGGAGGAACAGGGCAUUUGUGUCGGAUUCACUGAAUGCUUGAAUGAACUUCACACACACUCAAAGAGCUGCUGCCACUUCAGGUUGUGUGUGCUGAUGCCAUCUGGUGAACUGGAGGAGGUUCUGCAGCGCCUUCAAUAUUUUCACCUUCAAUUUCUGAAAGAAUACUGAAAAACUUGAACAACCAUCAAAGCACUUCAAUAACAGUUAAAUUGAUUCAGAAGUACAACUUGUGAUGAAACUGUAAUGUGACAGAGAUUGAGAAGUCAAUUCUAUAAUUAUCCCUGUCGUAAUUAGGAAAGUAUGUGUUAGUUUUCCUUAAUUGCAUCAAUAAACAAAUAUGAGCACUUCUAUGAGAUGAGGUGCUUUGUUAUGGCCUAUACCCAUGGUGGGGUGUAAUCUGAUUAUAAAGUAAUCUAUUACUGUAAUCUAAUUACUUUGUCUAAAAGACAAGUAACAUUACUUUUUUAAAUUCUUGUAAUCAGAUUACAGUUACUGACUUUCAUUGAAUUUAAUACCAAUUGCAUUACAUAAAUUAUUAUUAUUAUUUAUGUAGAAUACAUUUAAGACGUGUCAUGUUUGUAAAUGCGUCUCUUCGUGCU